UGUCUUAAAGAUUGGUAAGGUACAUCUGAUGAAGCCAUGACCAGGUGGGCGCGAGUUAGUACUUCACAUAACAAGAGACCCUUGGCUGCAACAUCAUGGGAGGACAUGAAGAAGGGAUCUGUUGAGGGAACAAGUCAAAGCCUACCAAAGGGUAAACAACUUGAAGCCAAGAGACUGUCCCUUAGAAAUGACACACUCCAAACAAAACACAAAAAGAACAAAAAGAAGAAAGAGUACUUAAAUGAAGAUGUGAAUGGAUUCAUGGAAUACCUAAGACAGAACUCACAGACGGCUCACAAUGGGGAGAUGAUAGCAACAGCCAGCCAGGAAAUAAGGGAAGAAAUUGCAAUAGCUUUAAAGAAAGACAGCCGACGGGAAGGAAGAAGAUUAAAAAGACAAGCAGCAAAGAAAAAUGCAAUGGUAUGUUUCCAUUGUAGAAAACCUGGACAUGGGGUUGCAGAUUGCCCAGCCGCCCUUGAGAAUCAAGAUGCGGGCACUGGAAUAUGUUAUCGGUGUGGAUCCACAGAGCACGAAAUAACCAAGUGCAAGGCUAAAGUAGACCCAGCUCUUGGUGAAUUUCCUUUUGCAAAAUGCUUUGUUUGUGGGGAAAUGGGGCACCUGUCCAGGUCCUGUCCUGAUAAUCCCAAAGGACUCUAUGCUGAUGGUGGUGGCUGCAGACUUUGUGGCUCCGUGGAACAUUAUAAGAAAGAUUGCCCAGAAAGUAAGAAUUCAGAUAAAAUUGUCACAGUUGGUCGCUGGGCAAAGGGAAUGAGUGCAGACUACGAAGAAAUUUUGGAUGCUCCCAAACCACAGAAACCCAAAACAAAGAUACCUAAAGUUGUUAAUUUUUGAUAAUAUCUACUUGACAAGAUGGAGUGGGGCUUCCUAGGAGGCCUAUAUGAUCUGGACAUGGUCAAACACCAUUUCCUGAGUUCUGUCCAACAAGGAGUACUUCUACCUCUGGAGAACACCAUUGGAAAAAGCAUAAGAUACUUAAAUGGAAUUCUCUAGAACAUGUUUAACAGGCAGAACUCAGGUAUAACUAAGAGGUUGUAUACCUGAUUUUAACAAUCACCUUUUCUUAAAACAAAGGAUUAUGCAUUAAUGUGUAUUUGCAUUUGGAGAUGAACUUUUGUUAUACUGUUUCAAAAUAUAAAUUUUACUGUUUUUUUCGUACAAUAGAAAUUUAUUUAUAACUGCCACAAGAUUGCUGUAUUUUUAAAAUACUGAAUAAAAAGUCAUUUGCUUAUUUUUUCUGAAUACCUGAUUCUAAAUUGAGCGAACCAUUGUCUGUUAACAUCCACGUAACAAUCCUUUUCAAAACAAGGUCUUUUCAUGAAUCUGGCGAGUAUAAACAAGGAUUUGGUUAAUUUUUGUUUUGGUUUUGACCUAAAGAAAUUACAGAAUUUUCAGGGUAAAGUUGAAAGCAUCCCAAUUUAACAGCAGCCCUUUCUUUGUCCUUGAUUUUCAAGAGAGAAAUUGGAAUCAGAUGUCUUAAUUUCAUAGUGCUGCUGUAACAGAAAUACCACAGAUGGUUAUCUUUAAUGAACAGAAAUUUAUUUUCUCACAGUUUAGGAGUCUAGAAGUCUGAAUUCAGGGCACUAGCUCUUGGGGAUGCCUCUUUCUCUGUUGGCUCUGGGGGAAGAUCCUUGUUUCAGCUUUUUCUAGCCCCAGCAUUCUUUGAUUCCUUGAUGAUCUUCAGAUUGCAUCUAUCUUCCCCAGUAUGCCCUUGCUUCUGUGUCUAAUCUGCUCUUUUUAUAAUUCAGAAGUGAUUAGGUUU